GGCCCUGGGAUCCGCCGCGUCUCCGCAAGCAGUCGGCUCUGAGCCGCGAGCCGCCGUGAGCUCUCGGGUUCGAGCGGGCGCCAGCGAGCCCGGGGGCAUCGCCCGCAGCGGCCAAGCUCAUGGCCGGCUGAGCGGGACGCCGCCUCCGCCUCAGCCACCGCCGCCGCCGCCGCCUCCUCCUCCUCAGCCGGCGGCGGCCCGGGCCCAGCAGCCAUGGCCGAAGACUACUGGGACGGGCGCCUGCGGCGAACAGGAGGAGAAGGAGGUCGCGCGGCCUCAGCCCGGGCCGCCGCCCCAGGCGCCGCCGCGCCGGCCCCGCGGCGCUGAGGUUGCUCGCGCGCCCCCGCCGGUCGCCAUGGAUCGGAUGAAGAAGAUCAAGCGGCAGCUGUCGAUGACACUCCGAGGGGGCCGAAGUACGGACAAGACCAAUGGUGCCCCUGAACAGAUAGGCCUGGAUGAGAGUGGGGGUGGCGGUGGCACUGACCUUGGAGAGGUACCCACUCGUGCUGCUCCUGGGGAACCUCGCUCUGGACGGGGCCCACUCAGCUCUGCACCAGAGAUUGUACAUGAGGACUUGAAGAUGGGGUCUGAUGGGGAAAGUGACCAGGCUUCAGCCACGUCCUCGGAUGAGGUGCAGUCGCCAGUGAGGGUGCGCAUGCGCAACCAUCCCCCACGCAAGAUCUCCACUGAGGACAUCAACAAGCGCCUGUCACUACCAGCCGACAUCCGGCUGCCUGAGGGCUACCUUGAGAAGCUGACCCUCAAUAGCCCCAUCUUCGACAAGCCCCUCAGCCGCCGCCUCCGCCGCGUCAGCCUAUCUGAGAUUGGCUUUGGGAAACUGGAGACCUACAUCAAGCUGGACAAGCUGGGCGAGGGUACCUAUGCCACCGUCUACAAAGGCAAAAGCAAGCUCACAGACAACCUUGUAGCACUCAAGGAGAUCAGACUGGAACAUGAAGAGGGGGCACCCUGCACCGCCAUCCGGGAAGUGUCCCUGCUCAAGGACCUCAAACACGCCAACAUCGUCACACUACAUGACAUCAUCCACACGGAGAAGUCCCUCACCCUUGUCUUUGAGUACCUGGACAAGGACCUGAAGCAGUACCUGGAUGACUGUGGGAACGUCAUCAACAUGCACAACGUGAAACUGUUCCUGUUCCAGCUGCUCCGUGGCCUGGCCUACUGCCACCGGCAGAAGGUGCUACACCGAGACCUCAAGCCCCAAAACCUGCUUAUCAAUGAGAGAGGAGAGCUGAAGCUGGCGGAUUUCGGCCUGGCCCGAGCUAAGUCAAUUCCAACGAAGACCUACUCCAACGAGGUGGUGACACUGUGGUACCGGCCUCCCGACAUCCUGCUUGGCUCCACAGACUACUCUACCCAGAUUGACAUGUGGGGUGUGGGCUGCAUCUUCUAUGAGAUGGCCACGGGCCGGCCCCUCUUCCCAGGCUCCACAGUGGAGGAACAGCUGCACUUCAUCUUCCGCAUCUUGGGAACCCCAACUGAAGAGACGUGGCCAGGCAUUCUGUCCAACGAAGAGUUCAAGACAUACAACUACCCCAAGUAUCGAGCCGAGGCCCUUUUGAGCCAUGCACCCCGGUCCUCUUGUCCUUGCGGUAGACUUGACAGUGAUGGGGCUGACCUCCUUACCAAGCUGCUGCAGUUUGAAGGUCGCAAUCGGAUCUCCGCGGAGGAUGCCAUGAAACAUCCAUUCUUCCUCAGUCUGGGGGAGCGGAUCCACAAACUUCCUGACACUACUUCCAUAUUUGCACUAAAGGAGAUCCAGCUACAAAAGGAGGCCAGCCUUCGGUCUUCGUCAAUGCCUGACUCGGGCAGGCCAGCUUUCCGCGUGGUGGACACCGAGUUCUAAGCUGAGUUCUAAGCCACAAACCGAGGCCCCAGCAGGCAGCAGCAGCUGGAGGGAUGCCACUCCCCUCACAGGGCAGCCCCCAACUGCAUCCUUCUUGCUUGCUGCCUGCCUACCUGCCUGACUCAUGCUCGCCUGCCCACAUGUUCCCUGCUGCCUGUCCAAACACCCGACCAUUGGCCUGUCAGCCCACCCAUUGGCCUGUCUGCUGGGUGCUAACAAAGCUCUCAUCGCUCCUUC